AGAUCUGCUCAAGUCAGGGUAUUUCCAGCUUCGCGGCUUUCACUUCCACUUCUGCCAGGUGGGUGGAGCGGCCUCCCGUGGACGAAUCAGAUCUCUCCUCAGCCCAAACUUCAAGAGGUGAGCCAGGAGUUCAGGGUCUCAGAUACGCAGGCAGCAGCGGCAGCAGCAGACGCAGCAAGAGGCUUGGGUUAGACCAGAGGCCAGGACCAUGGAUGAUCAACGCGACCUCAUCUCCAACCACGAGCAGCUGCCCAUGUUGAGCCAGCGCCCCGGAGCCCCGGAGAGCAGCAAGUGCAGCCGCGGAGCCCUGUACACAGGCUUUUCUGUCCUGGUGGCUCUGCUCCUGGCUGGUCAGGCCACCACCGCCUACUUCCUGUACCAGCAGCAGGGCCGGCUGGACAAGCUAACGGUCACCUCGCAGAACCUGCAGCUGGAGAACAUGCGCAUGAAGCUUCCCAAGCCUGCCAAGCCUGUGAGCCAGAUGCGGAUGGCCACGCCCAUGCUGAUGCACGCGCUGCCCAUGGAAGGCGCGGGGCCCAUGCAGAACGCCACCAAGUACGGCAACACCACACUGGACCAUGUAAUGCACCUGCUUCUGAAAGCUGACCCCCUGAAGGUGUACCCACAGCUGAAGGGGACCUUCCCAGAGAACCUGAAGAAACUUAAGAGAACCAUGGAGGGCCUGGACUGGAAGGUCUUUGAGAGCUGGAUGCAUCAGUGGCUCUUGUUUGAAAUGAGCAAGAACUCGAUGGAGAAGCUCACUGAAGGUUCACCAAAAGCACUGACCCAGUGCCUGGAAGAGGCCAGCCGCAUCCCUGCCGUCCACCCGGGCACGUUCAAGCCCCAGUGCGACGAGAACGGCAACUAUUUGCCGCUCCAGUGCUAUGGGAGCAUUGGCUACUGCUGGUGCGUCUACCCCAACGGCACCGAGGUCCCCCACACCAGAAGCCGUGGGCACCCGCACCAUAACUGCAGUGACCCACUGGACAUGGAGGACCUGUCAUCUGGACUGGGUGUGACCAAGCCAGAACUGACCCAAGCCAUGGUGUGAGAACAGCAAUCAAGGACCACAGCACCCUGCCAGCCCUGCAUGGCCAGCUUCCUCGCUGUCUUCUGCCCCCAGCCCUAGCCCCACACUCCUCCCCUUCCACUCCCACCCUGCACCUCAUCCCACGAGACUCUGGUACCUGGCUCUCCACCUUCCUCGGACACAACGGAUCACAUCGGAAUAGCACAGAUUCAUGACACAGAAGGGCCCUGAUGUCCACACUCCACCCACCCAGCAGCAGGGACACACGGCCCAAGGAUGGGGACGGUGAGCUAGGCUGACUCCCAUGGGCUCCGAGACCUAGACCCAUGGAUGAGGGCAGGUGCAGGGAGAAGGAAGGAUACUCCCCUAAGCCCCAAGAAAGGACACGCUGCUGUCCCUCCCCUUCUGGCUUUAGCCUUGGCUUUCCAGCC